AUGGAGUCAAAGAUAGAAAAACAUCCCACUCCACACAUCGCUCACGAUGUAGAGACACAAGGCAAGUCCUCCAUUGAUGCAGACGCUCUCAAGCUAGCAGAGAUGGGCUACACUCAAGACAUGGCGAGAAAGUACACCGUCUGGUCCGUUUUGGGCGUCGGAUUUUCAAUCACAAACUCCUGGUUCGGUAUAUCAGCCGCUCUGAUAACUGGCAUCAAUUCUGGAGGCCCGCUGCUCGUCAUAUACGGCAUUAUGCUCAUAGCUCUCAUCUCGACCUGCGUGGGUAUCAGUCUCAGCGAGCUGGCAAGUGCGAUGCCGAAUGCGGGUGGACAGUACUUCUGGGCUGGUGAACUUGCGCCGAGACGGUUUACAAGACUCGCCAGUUACAUGACGGGAUGGUUGGCGUGGUGGGGUGCUAUGUUUACGAGUGCGUCUGUGGCAUUGGCUAUGGGAAGUGCGGUAGUGGGUUGUUAUCAACUUGGGCAUCCUGACUUUGUCAUUCAACCCUGGCAUGUCUUCCUGGCUUACCAACUCUCGAACAUCUUCUGUUUCUUCUUCAACUGCUACGGCAAGAUACUUCCCACAGUCGGCAAAACCACACUAUGGAUCUCACUGCUUUCCUUCGCCGUGAUACUCAUCACCGUUCCAGCCGUUGCGCCUACACACCAGCACGCUCGCUUCGUCUUCGCGACCUUUAUCAAUAACACGGGCUGGCAGCAAGAUGGAAUAGCCUUCAUCGUCGGUCUCGUGAACACAAACUGGGCUUUCGCUUGCCUUGAUUGCGCCACGCAUCUCGCCGAAGAAGUACACCGGCCAGAGAAGAUGGUCCCAAUAGCCAUUAUGGGAACUGUGGGAAUUGGGUUUGUAACGAGCUGGUUCUUCUCUGUCGGCAUCUUCUUCUCGAUUGUAGGGGACUUUGCUGAGAUUGGCGCAUCAGAUACUGGAGUGCCUAUUCUGGAGAUUUUCUUUCGCGCGCUGCAGAGUAAGGCUGGAGCGACGGUUCUUGAGGCGCUUAUCAUAGCUACGGGACUGGGUUGCUUGGUCGCAAGUCAUACUUGGCAGAGUCGACUAUGCUGGAGUUUCGCGCGCGAUCGGGGGCUUCCUGCUCAUCGCUGGCUGGCCAAGGUACAUGAAGGACUUGACGUGCCGCUCAACGCCCACUUAGUGAGUUGUGUUAUCGUGGCUAUCAUGGGAUGCCUGUAUCUGGCUUCUUUGACAGCUUUUAACUCGAUGAUAACGGCAUGUAUCGUUCUUCUGUACCUCAGUUACUCUGUUCCGGUCAUCUGCCUUCUCAUCCGCGGUCGCGACAAGAUAUCCCACGGGCCAUUCUGGCUCGGUCCGGUCGGUCUCUUCGCCAAUAUUGUACUACUUGUCUGGACACUGUUCACACUGAUCAUGUACUCGUUUCCGUAUGCGAAGCCUGUUGAGGCAGGGAACAUGAACUAUGUGUGCGUUGUCUAUGCCAUUGUUGCUUUGAUUGCCAGUGUAGAUUGGCUGUUUAGAGGGAGGAAGAAGUUUGUGGUUGCCGGCGAAAGGAAGGAGGAAGGGGUGAACCCGGCUCCGAGAAUCGUGGAUCUGCCUGGGUAUUAG